GGCGCCUUGCCACCCCUCACCCCGGCCUGAAAGAUCUCGCGGCGCAGCGAGCCCCUCCCCACCCCGGAGCAGCGGGGGCGCGUUACAACCCCCCGGGCGCCCUGGGCCGGAGAUCUGGCUGGGGCGGCCCGCGGGGACCGGCCGGCUGGUUUCUACGCCCCGGGGAUGAGCGGACUGGCGCCCGCCGCCCCCGGACUCCCUGUCACACCUGCCCCCUCCCCGAGCGCGGUGCGGCCACCAGCCUCCCGCCCUCCCGCGCCGGGGGGGGGGGGGCAGUGACUCCGCGCCACGCCGCCACCUGCCCCUUUGCCAGCCGCUCCCCCCCGCUCCCCGCCAGGCUCCUCCCCGCCCGCCCGCGGCCGCCGCUCCGUGGCUUUCCCGGCUCGGGGCAGGGCAAGGGGCGAACUCCACAGCCUGCGCGGCCCGGCGGGGACAGGAGCGCGGCGGACCCCGCCUCAGCUUCCCGGCGAGAAUAGAAAAACCCCUUCUGCGAAGUGUUACUCAUCCACUGAGGUGGGGCAGAACUGUAUUCCACCAUUAUAUGCUGUGAACAUCUGAGUAAGAAUGGAUGAGACAUAAAACAGAGAUACUGACGACUUGUGUUCACUGGAUUCAGUGCCUUUCCUGUUAUCCCAAGUUUUUCAAACACUUGAGCUGUCUCAGCACUGUUGACAAAGCUAAAAUGGCUGUAAACUCAGGGCCACCACCAUACUACGAAAAUCAUGGUUAUCAGCCAGAAAACUUCUAUAUUUCCAGACAGCCUGUGGAUGCUAACAUGUAUCCACAAUAUCCUCCUCCAUAUUAUCCUCCAUCAGUGCCACAUUAUGUCCCAAGAGUUCCUGUUCAUCAGUCAGCUCCCCCAGUAGUACAGCCAAAGCCUCCAUCAGCAAAAAUGUGCACAAAAGUUAAGAAAACUCUAUGCAUCGUUUUGUCUGUUGCAAUAAUACUAUCGGGUGCCGUAAUUGCAGCUAUCCUUAUCUGGUAUUUUGUGACCAAUAGCUGUCUUGGCUCAUCAAUAGAGUGUGGAUCUUCAGGAAUAUGUGUUUCACCAUCUCAGUGGUGCGAUGGAGUGGCCCACUGUUCCAAUGGCGAAGAUGAAAACCGAUGUGUUAGACUCUAUGGACCAAAUUUUAUCCUAGAGGUCUAUUCAUCUAUCAGCAAAUCCUGGUAUCCAGUAUGCAAAGAUGACUGGAAUGAUAACUAUGGAAAGAUCGCUUGUAAAGACAUGGGAUAUAAUGUAGAUACUUAUUACUCUAGUCAAGGAAUAACACCUGAAAGAGGUUUUACAAGCUUUAUGAGGUUGAAUACAAGUGCUGGGAACAUAGACCUAUACAAAAAACUGUAUAACAGUGACUCGUGUGUGUCUGGAGCAGUGGUAUCUCUGCGUUGCAUAGUGUGUGGCUUAUCUCGUAAAAAUGUGAAUCCUGCCGGCAGAAUUGUGGGUGGCAGUGCUGCACUGGUGAAGGAAUGGCCAUGGCAGGUCAGCCUUCAAAUCCAAGGCUCCCAUGUAUGUGGAGGCUCCAUUAUCACCCCUGAAUGGAUAGUGACAGCUGCUCACUGUGUGGAAGGACAGCUUUCUUCUCCAUCCUACUGGAGUGUGUAUGCUGGGAUUCUGAAGCAAACGGAAACGCGCUACAGAAGUGGAUCCAGAGUGCAGAAAAUAAUUUCCCACCCAAAUUAUGAUUCAGAUUCUAAAAACAAUGACGUUGCCCUGAUGAAGUUACAGACACCGCUGAGUUUUACUGACACUGUAGCACCUGUUUGUUUGCCUAACCCUGGAAUGAUGUUCCAGCCUGAUCAACAGUGCUGGAUAUCUGGAUGGGGAGCAGAAUACCAAGGGGGUAAAACUUCAAAUGUCUUGAAUGCCGUAAUGGUGCAUUUAAUAGAACGUUCUAUAUGUAAUUCUGCUGGAUACUAUAAUGGCUUAGUUUUGCCUACCAUGAUAUGUGCUGGGCAUCUGAAAGGAGGAAAGGAUUCCUGCCAGGGUGACAGUGGAGGUCCGUUAGUAACUGAGAAAAACUCAGUGUGGUGGCUAGUUGGUGACACAAGCUGGGGAACUGGCUGUGCCAAUGCUAGAAGACCUGGAGUUUAUGGAAAUAUGACUGUGUUCACCGACUGGAUUUACAGAAAUAUGCAGGCAAAUAGAUGAUCAUGGUAUCUGCUGUUCUUGCUGAAUCACUUUCAAGAACAAUCCUAAAUGGAGUUAUGGCUUUCUUGGCUAUCUUACUAUGUACUUUUAAAAAGAAUUUCUAGAUCCUUACAAUUUUUUUAGUACUUGCAAAUAACCUGAAGUUUUGCACACUCAGUUCUGUGCUGGCUGCAGUGACUGAUCUAUUUAAUGAAGUAGAAGACUGACAAGCACCUUUCUCAUUAUGGUGCCUGGUGGCACAAAAUUGCUGUCCACUGGUAACUGACAUGUUCCUUUAAUUUUGUAGCUUCCAAGUUUAUAGGGUUUUCUAUAAUCACAUUUGUAAUUGAAAUAAUCACUGUUUCAAUUACAAGCAGGGUGGUUUGACACUUGCUUUACUGGCAUAAUUUAAUUUAAAUGUAAGUAGUGGUGUAAAUAUGAAUCUCUGGGGUCCUAGCUAGUGACUUAAAGAGGAAAACACAUGGUGCAUGACAGUCAGGGCAUUAUAGGUAAAGGGAAGCUGUUUUGCACAUUGGAGAGUAGAGGCAGGGAGAGAUGUCUUGGCGUAUAUUCAGGUGAUUAAAAAUCCUCAGGAUCUUUACAGGUGCGGUAACAGCCAGGGUGAUCUCUUUGGAUUUACCCCAACAUAAAUAGGAUUAGCAUUUAGCUCAGUAAUUGAAAUGUGCCAUUGUUCUUCACGGUUACCUUUCCUGGGUCCCACAUCUAGCCUGCAGGAGAAAUACAGUAACUACUGUUCUAAAGCUAGACAGCACAGGUAGGCUGCUGAGAACAGCUCUUCUGGCUUGUAGCAGGACACUGUGUACCAGUAGCAUGCUCAGUUUUAUGAGCUGGGAGCUGCUAACUGAUUCUGAGAACUCUCUUCCCUCUGAAAUGCAAAGAACAAAGCUUUGCUGUGUGGCUGCCUUCCAUGUAGUCAUUCUGUGUGAUCAAAGUGUAGGUAUGGAAGGCUGGGAAAGUGUGGAAAUCAGAGAUGCAAAAAAACCCCAUUUCCACCAAACACAUGACUACCUCAGUUUUAAAGUAAUCUGGCUUUUAAUUCCAUAGGAAGCUCUCUGUACCUGUCCCUGUAGCUAUUUUAGCAGGAGACCAACCACUUAAGCUUUUUUUUUUUAAAAAACAAAACACAAAGCCACUAACCAGUCACAUACGUCUGAUUUUAAUGUUCUAGGAGAGGAAAAAUAAAACUUUAUAGUUUUAGAGGGGGACAAAAAGACACUGGUAUGGCGCUGACAAAUUGACCAAAAGUAAUGAGACUCAGUAUGUCUCUUCUCCUGCUUUGUGCUCUCCAAUGCAGUGAAAUGACCAAGUUUGCUGUUACUUUAAUGGUACUUUAAUUCCCAAAGCUUUGAGUUGGAGAAAUUUCCACUUCAGUUUUGGAACCACAAUCUGUUAUAUAUCAGAGUGCCACUUAAAUAAUACGUUAAAAAUGGUUGUAAAGGCUAGAAUGUUCAGGGGGACACACAAGCCAUAAUGAGUCACUUUCUAUUGGAAUGACAAAUCUCUUCAGGGGAAUGACUUUUUUAAAAAAUAGCAAUGUAUACCAGAACAAGACAACAUUUCUUAAGAAAACAAAUGCAGUUGUCUUGCACAUAAGUGGUACAGCUAAUAAAUCUUUUACAAAUCA